GGCGGAGGGGUCCCGUGAGCCCCGAGCGGCGCAGGGCCAUGUCGGUGGCGUUCGUGCCUGAGCGGCUCCGCGGGAAGGCGGAAGUGAACCAGGAGACGCUGCAGCGGCUGCUGGAGGAGAACGACCAGCUGAUCCGCGCCAUCGUGGAGUACCAGAGCAAGGGGAGAGCCACCGAGUGCGUGCAGUACCAGCACAUCCUGCACAGGAACCUUAUUUAUCUAGCUACUAUUGCCGAUACAACUCCACCCAACGUACAGAGGACUGCAGACUGAGCAUGCAGCUUUGGACACGUUGCAGAUGCUUGUAAGAGAUGUGGAAGUAGGAUUGAGUUGCAGUGUAGUCAGGCCAAGAGGAACCUGCUGGAGGAUCAGAAGGGCUCUUGUCCUCGUUAAUAACUGGCUAACUUUGAUUAGGAUUCCAGGGGCACCUGGGGAAGGUCCUAGAAGAAUUGGGCUCUCCACUUCAUCAGGAUUAUGUUUAGCUUGCUUGAGGCUGGAAGUGGGAAAGCAAGUAAAAAUAGCCUGUGUACCCCCCUUGCCCUGGCUUCUGUUAAUAGUGUUCUUUUUGGAAAGUAACCCCAUUUCCAUGCAGCAUCUUAAAAGUUGGGAAUAAUGACACUUGUUGUUAGAGGUGUGUCUUGAGUAUUAAAAGCUGAUGCAGCAACCAUGAGAAAACAGAGAUAUGGGGAAGUAGUCAAAGAUUUGCUACAGCUGGUCUUUAAUCUUGCUGUACAAGUCUGCAAGUUGCUCAUUCCCUCUUCCAGUAGCAGUUACCAAAAUGUGAAGUAGGAUUGAUGCCCACCAGUCUCGUGAGUUGUGUAAAUUCACCAUGAGGGUUCCUUCGUUGCUCACAGCAGUUUUGAAAAUCUCCAGAAAACAACAAGAGUUGCUCUGGCUACUAGAUGUUGGAAAGUAAUAGUUAGCUAAAAGUCUCCUACUGCCACAAUCUAUCCCACUUGUCACAGCACAAACACAUAAUCAGCUCUCUACAGAGAGUAACACACUAUCAGUGGUCAAAGGCAGGAAAGUUUCAGCUUGCUAUUGCUCUUCUCUUAACUAAGCUGCCUCUGCAUCUCCUGGUGCAGGGGUGUCAAACUCAUUAAUGUUGCAGAUCUAAAUUGUGGGGCUUCUCACAGGCCAGGCAGCCCACCUCUGGCAGUAGCAUUAACUCUUGCAUGCUGACUGGCCUAACAGAGCAGCUCAGGUAUUAAACCUUGCAGCUGCUUCAGCAUUGAUGUGGGGUUAUCACUGCUGCAAGGCAGACAGCAGCAGCUUUAACUCCCAAGGUGCUGGCCCUGAUAGACCCACCUUCAGAUCUGGCCCACAGGGCCAGAAAUUCUAUCUGACUACAAGAAGCCCCCUAGGCUGGACAUUUGAAAGCGCUCUCCUGUUGCGUUUGCAAGUGCAGGUCCUAUAGUAAGAUUGCUACUUUACUUAUUUACCUGAAGGCAAAGGUGCAGAAAUGUAACUGGAAGACAAUUAUGGAAGUUGUGAAAUUUUCCUUUAUCACCCUCCUAUAAGCAGUUACAUGCAUUCCAUCUUUAUAUUUCAGAGACUGCCUCCAUUGCUCUGUUUUCGUGCAACAGGAUUCAGACCUUGAUAGGUAGUCAUUCCACUUGCAAGGAAUUGUUAUUUAUCGGUUCUGGUAUAGAAUAGGAUAGGCACUCAUUAAACUUAAUGGAAAUACUUGCAUUUAAAUUUGUUUCCUACCUUCCUAACAGCAAAUUUAAGGCUAAUGUGUACAGACACAUUGUCUCGCACAUUUACAGGAACGCAGUUAACGUACAGGAUACAUUGCAAUAUGACCCUGUUUUCCUGAAUGAAAGUUCUUUCUAAAAAAAACAAGCAUAUUUAGGAUUUGUAUGAUGCACUGUGUUCCUGCAGCUACAAAACAGCUACAAAAAACCUCCCUAGAGAUAAACCUGAUUAGGAUUUCAAAGUAUAGAACUGAAGAAUUGCAUUUCCCCUACCAAACAUGAAAGCUUAUAAAACAUUUUGAAUCUAGGGUUUUAAUUUUUUAAGAAACAGAUUGAAGUAAUUUAACCUUUUCCAGAAAUCAUAGGUAGAUAUUGGGCAUUGAUAGAGAAUUUUGUAAGUGAUAACCUUGUCCAUAUAUGUUUCUAUAAGGGAAUACUGUGGCAAACAAGUGGAGAGAAAUCCAGUCUGCUUAUGUGUUAAUCUGUUCAAAAUGCCAUAUAUUGGAUAUUCUGUAAAUAAACAAGUUCUGGUAACAAACCCCUUUGAAUCCAUUUUGUUAUCAGAUACAAUCUCAUCCAAUUUUUAUAACGUUUCUGUUUAGAUGCGUUGGCAAGAGAUGCACAUACCUGAAACCUAUGAAAUACAGCUAUUCAGUUUCUCAGUUGUAUAUUAAACACUUCCUAUUUGUUAAACAAAUAGCAAAACGUACAUGCUGGCAUGGGACUUAACUUUUGUUGGAAAUCAAAGGUAACUUGCCAUUUCUUAUUCAUGCGAGUUCUGCUUGCUGCUGAAGUACAAAAUGCUACCCCAUACAGUACAGCAGUGGUAACUUCCAAAUUGGCUAAUGAGUAAUUAUUAACCCUAGUGGCAAAGCAGCCCAAAAUCAAUUGUAGGGGAAGGUAUCAGGUUCUUCAGUGUGUACUAUUUAAUUUACUGCCUAUUUAAUGCGUGUUAUUACCUUCAAUUAGUUAAAUAAUUCUGUAUUAGUGAAGUAGUAUCUUUGUUCACAAACUGAAGUUACAUCUUAAGGUCCUGUUUAUUUUCCAUGGGGUGCAGGUUUUAAACAGGUCUGAUCUAUUAGUAAAUAUAUCUUUUUAAUAAAGCAAAGUUUUGUUUUGUU